UGCAACCUCAUACAUCGUGUGUUGUCAUUAGGAUCCCAAUUAUUCACAUUUAUUUAUAGUGCAGAGUAGAACAAGUAAUAUGUUUUGCAUACCAACAACCAACAGCCAUUUAUCACAAAACACACGGGAGCCUCUGCGGUACCAAAAAACAACCAACAGCCGUCACUCUCGCCCCCACGUAAACCUGCAAUAAAGUACAAAAGGCCACAGUCCGACCUCCAAUCACAACCCCAACCACAGCCAUAAAAUAUAUCAAUCCCACCGCCCGUCCUACCAUCUCCUCCCUAUUGUUUAAGCUUCCAAUCACAGAACAAACCAAAACUACCAACAAGGCGUUCCCAUGUGUUCAUCCACCUUUCCCACAACCUUCCCUCAGCUUCCAAUCCAAUCCCCUCGAUUUGCCACUCUCAUUGAGCCAAAAACUCUCUCUCUCUCUCGUAUCUCCUGUAGUCUUUCCAUUCUGAUGCCCCAGUCUUUAUAAAUGAACAUCCAUAACAGGACCAUACUUUUUCCCUAUCCCACACUUCUGAAUAUAAAGUCCAUGCCUAAACCUCCUUCCACCUCUCCCCACCCCUAAAUCUGACAUCUUGUUCACCAUGAUCCUUUCCCACUUUCUGAACUCAAAAAGCCCUUUGAGAGCCUAAACUUUCUUUUUGGUGUAAUCUCUCUCUCUCUCUCUCUCUCAAGCCUAAUGCCUCGAACUCCGUCCCACUCUGUGAGCCCAAAAACGAUUUAAGAACCUAAAUCUCCUUUUUUUUCGUAUCAUAUUAGUUUCUCUCGAUCACCAUGGCCUUUGAGGAGGGACCAGACUUCAACCUCACAACCUACCACCACAGCCUCUUGGAUUGGUCAGAGGACUCCAUCUCCUUCGUCCCCUCCUUCCUCGAUUACCCCUACACCCUCCACGAUGCCAUUGCCGGCUACGAAUGCUGGACUCGGGACCAAGACCAAGCCAACCUCAUCCACACUCCCCCGUCCACCACCCCCGCGGUCGCCCCUCCCACCACCAGCCCCCCAUCGCUCCCUCAACCUGAAUUCUCCAAGAAAAGGAAGCUACCCACCAGUCCAACCCCCCUCGACAAGGCGGCAGCUCACGAGAACCGCCGGAGGACGGUCGCUGACUCUGGCGACGAGGGCGAUGGGGUGUCCGAGGAAGACGCCGAGAUCGCCCGGAAGCAGGGGAAUGGGAGGAAGGGAGAGAGGAAGGGGAAUGGAGGGAAUUCCGGCAAUGGGAAUAAGGAGGUGAGGUGGGCCGAGCAUUUGCUGAACCCCUGUGCCACCGCCAUCGAGGCGGCCAACUACUCGAGGGUCCACCAUUUAUUAUACGUUCUCCGCGAGCUCGCCUCCACCUCCGGCGAUGCCAACCACCGCCUCGCCGCUUAUGGCCUACGCUCCCUCACCCGCCACCUCUCCUCCGCCGGGAUCGCGGCGGCGGUGGGCGUCCCCGCCCAGGGAAGCGGCCCGGCCGAUGACUCCCCGUCCUUCGCUUCGACGGAGCCGAAGCUCUUCCGGUCGGCGAUCAUCAAAUUCCACGAGGUCAGCCCCUGGUUCGCGCUCCCCAACUCCCUCGGCAACGCCUCCAUCCUCCAAGCCGUAACCCUAGAUUCCAACCAGCGGCCGCGGCCCCUCCACGUGGUGGACGUCGGCGUCUCCCACGGGAUUCAGUGGCCAACGCUCCUCGAUGCGCUGAGUCGCCACCCAGGUGGCGUCCCCGCCCUCGUCCGCAUCACCGUCGCCGGUGCUGCCACCCCGCCUGGGCCCUUCUCGGCGGCGCCGUUGGGGUACGACUUCUCCUCCCACCUUCUCCGCUACGCCAAGUCCAUCGACCUCAACCUCCGGAUCGACCGCGCCGACACCCUCGAGCCCCAAACCAUGUCUCUCGCCCGCAGCGAGACCCUGGUGGUCUGCGCCCAGUUCCGGGUGGGCCACGGCGGGCCGGACGACCGGACAGCGUUCCUCCGGUCGGUGAGGGAACUAAAUCCCGACCUAGUGGUGCUGGCCGAGGUCGACGGCGGCGGCGCCGGCGAGACCGAUGGCAGAUUCCCGGCGGAGUUCGGAAGGAGGUCGGGGUUGUUGUGGAAGUUCCUGGACUCGACGAGCGCGGCGUUUAAGGGGAGGGACUGCGCGGAGCGGCGGGUGGUGGAGGGGGAGGCGGCGAGGAUUUUGGAGUGGGGUGCGGCAGCGGACGAGGGGUGUGAGCGGUGGCGGGGGAGGAUGGUCGGCCUAGGGUUCCGGGAGGAAUGGUUCGGGGAGGACGCGUUGGAGGCAGGGCGGGCGCUGCUGAGGAAGUACGACGGCAACUGGGAGACGAGGAUGGCGGGCGCCGCGGUGGGGCUCUGGUGGAAGGGCCACCGCGUCUCCUUCUGUUCCCUGUGGAAGCCCCACACCAGAAGCCAGUGAGAGGAGGCCCCGGUGUAACGACCGUAACGGCCAUGAUGGGGCUCCUCGAGGUUUCACGUGAUCUUCGGCAUCACUGCCGUUCGCUCGGUGGCCCUUUGUCAUAUGUUAUGAUGCCGGCGAAGAGGAGGCCUGAAUCUAAUCUUCUUGUGGCACAAGAUUAUCAAGAUGUAGCUGUGUGUAGCGUUUGCCCUUUCGCGUGAGCCGGUGACGGUGAGGUAACUUCAAUCAGCUUUGGUGGAAGUGUCAUGGGCCGCAGCAUGAUCCGAUGAAUAACAUUACUCAUCAAGCUAUGAUCAAAAUGUAUCUUGCUUAUUGAUUUCCAUCUCAAGCUUUCACAUGAUCCACGACAUCACUGCCGUCCACUUGGUGGUGUCUCUUGUAUGUGAUAUAAUGCUGGCGAAGAGGAGAGCUGAAUCUGAUCUACCGCUGUGUGGUACGAGAUAAAUAAGAAAAACAAAAACCUUAGUUUUGCG